AUGUUGCCUUCUGAAAAUCCUUUGGUUCAUUUGAAUACUGGACGAAGUGUGAUCGCUGAAGAAUCACUAGCUUCUCAAGAUAUAGAAGAUACAAACAGUCCUGGAUCCCCAACAACUUGUACAGAUCAACAAAAUCAAGAUUUGAAGACCAACUCUUUUAUUUACGAUAAUGUAUCGGAUGGUCAACCUAUCAAUAAUAAUUCGUUAAUUUCCGGAUUUAAUAUUAGACCAAUGAUAAGUUCAAUUUUGAAUCUUUCUGCAAAUCCAAAUCCAGUUGUUAAUGAAGCUGGCUCCGAAAAUAACGCGAAGAUCGUUUCUGUGAAUGAUGAUGACAUGGAAAACCUGAAUGAUUUAACUGAAUUAAUUCCAGGAUUAUACCAUUUAUUAGAUUUGUGUAAGGAUGAUGGAUCCAACGGAUUAGUUGACAAAAUUAUUAUUUCAAAAGAAGGGUUAAAGAAUUUGUGUAAUGACUAUGUUAAAAAUAGUUUUAAAUCGAUCUCAGACAUCGAUUAUAAUCAAUUGAAUUCUUGUACCAUGCGAUUGAUUGGAUGUUAUGGAAAUCAUGUUUUAAUUACAAAGCUCUUGCUAAACAAAAAUAUAAUCGAUCAAAAAUUAUAUGAAAUGCUGAUUCGUUCAUCUCAACAAGCUUCUAACAUCCAGGAAUCUGAUAACAAGCUGUCACUUCGUCCAGGAAUUUAUUUCUUAAAAAUGAAUCUUGACUUAGGCUUAGUGAUUCAUUGGCCAGAAUAUGGAUGUUAUGAAGAUAAUGCUUCUUCUCAAAGAAAAAAGAAUAUGAUAAAUCUUCACAGAUAUUUGACAAAAUUGACAGAUUACCAAAUUUGUUUAAUGAGCGAUCAAGAUUUAAAUAGUUUUGAUUGGGAAAAAGAUAACGAUGACGGAGUAUUAAAUGAUGAUAAUAAGAUGUGUGUUGAGUUCGAAGUUAAGAAAAGUCAAGAAGAUCAAGAGAAUUUUGAAGUUUUUGACGGGUUUAACAUUUCCUUGCCAAAGAUCAUUAAAUCAGAAAUUGAAAAAUCUUAUAAUGAUGAGCUUUAUCCAAAAGUUGUUGAGUCCAUUUCAUAUCAAGCUUUUAUUACACAAAACGUAAUUCCACCCUUGAAUGUCAUGAAACCAGGUACUGCCACUAUAAAGAAUGGAGAAGAAUUUAUGAAUCGAUGGGGAAAAUGUUCUGUGAGAAUUGAUCGUUCAACUAUGAACAUGAAAAUGCUUGAGAUUCUUAUAAAUUAUGGAUUAAAUAUAGAUGAUUUGAAGGAACAAUUAAAUCAAUAUCAAGAUGCAUUGAAAGAAGCUAAGAAAGAAUUGGAAUCUAAGAAAGAAAAUGAAAGGCUUACUAUUCAAGAAGAUGCCAAAACUUUAAAAAAGUUAGCUUAUAAUAAACUUGAAGAAUUAUAUGGACGGCUUGAAGAUGACAUUCAUUUAAAUAUCGAGAUCGAGAAAUUCUUUUCAAAGUAUUCUGAUUUAAAGGUCAAAUUCGACGCAGCGUUAAUUAUUGAAUGGCAGCAAUUAAAGCGUAGAUUUAUUUAUGGGUCAUUAUUAAUAAGAGAAGUUCAAACACAGGCAUCAAAUAAUGAUAAAUUAGACAUCAAUGAAGUGAAUGAAGCUAUUUGGCAAACAAUGUAUAACAUGUUAACGUAUCCUAAAUUUCUUUCAUUUUCUCAAAUAUACAAAGAUUAUUUUAAACAUCUGGGACAAAAAUCAAUGAUUCAUAAAUUUACUUUUGAAAUACCUGAUAAUCAAAUUAAUGAGUAUGAUAAGCAAGCAAGUUCUAGUUUCAACUCUUCUGGUUCAGAAAUCAUUGAAAAAUUAUUCAGUCAAGAAUUGUGUCCAAAUAAUUCAGAACUUAGAAAAAAAAUUAUAGAUCUUUUCAAGAAUAGAUAUAACCAAUGGAAGAAGAAUAUAUUUUCAAAAGAUAUUGACAAAAUUGGACCAAAAUGGACAGACUAUAAGAAAAUAAUAACGGAAAACCUAGGAGUUGAACAUGAAACAUCAAAGCGUGAUAUAGAAAGAAAUGCAUAUGAAAUACUAUGUUCUUUAAUUGAAGCUAGAUUUCCCGAUGGUCCUUUAUUUAAGAUUAAAAAUAUAAGUGAUAAUUCAUACACAAUACUUCGUAAGUUUACGAAUAUUAUGAUUACGAUAAAUUAUGAGCUCGAUACUGUCCAACCAGAAAGAUUGCAAAUAACUAUUUACGAAACUGUGCUUGAACAAGAAGAUUGUUUGAAAAUUCAAGAAGAUGAAUUUCAUAUUCCUAAUCCUGAAUUAUCAACUCGUGCCAAUGGAAAAGAUAGUUAUUCUUUCACAAUUAAUCCCGAAAAUGAAUUAAG